GGGAACCAGAACCAACCCGAUUCAGACCGUUGUUUAAUUUCCAAAAUUCAAGGAGUCGCCAAAAAUACGAACGCGCAAGAAGCCGCACCAGCACUCCGCAAAUAUUCUCUCUCUCUCUCUCUCAUCGGAAGCUGGCCCUCGCGAGCCAACCACAGCCUCUGUGAUCGGACAUCCAUAUCUGGCUCUCUCUGUCUCUCUCGCCGAUAGGUCUUGAAGCUGUCUGAAAGCGCGAGGAGGCACCGUCCAGACUGAAGAUGAUGAACGAGAACGACGACGACGACGGCGGACGUUGGCAAGGACUAUCAACCUCCUGCCUACGUUUUUGGGAACGUUAACCUUUGAUCCCAAUCGCCAUGUCAAGAUUCUUUGCCAUUGGAAAUAUUAAGAGAGUUGUACAUAACAUUGUCAUAAACCAGAGGGGCAGAAAUUCAGAAAUAAAGAAGUGUGGACCAGUUGUUGCCAUUGGACAACAUUUCCAUCAAUAUAGAUUAUACUCACGUUAUGCAUUUUCUGGUGGACAUGGUCCUGCUACAGGAUCACUGAGGUGUUUUCCAAAGGAUAAUUGUUCCAAGAACCUAUCUUUCGUUUCAGCCAGUAACAUAGCAACACAUCAUGCCCAACUUGCUUGGAAAAGGAUUUCUCGAAUGUAUUCUUAUAAUGGCCAUGAUGUUUCUCCCUUAAGUAGGGUUGCUCAAGCGUUCAGCUUGGCUUCAGCUAGAUCUCACCUAAUUGCUCCUGGUAUUUUUGCCUUCAUCUGUGGAGAGCUAGCAUUGUCAAGUAAAGCAUGGGCAGAAACAGAUCCUCUAUCAUCAAGGAAUGCUGUAUAUAUGCAUGCACAAGAUGGGCAUGCUUAUGUGACCUCGUUGUUCUUUUCAAUAUUAGAAAGUUUUGCCAUGUUACUGAGAGCUAUCUAUUUAACAAUUUUGUUCGCACCGAGCAUAGUUAUGGCACCGCUUGCAGAUUGUUUGGGCCCUCGUUUUAGGAAUAUGUGGCUUUGGGUUGUUCUUCGUACCCUUGAAAAAGCAGGUCCAGCAUUCAUAAAAUGGGGCCAGUGGGCAGCAACACGCCCGGAUCUAUUCCCUAGAGACUUAUGCGCUCAGCUUGCAGAGCUUCAUAGCAAAGCUCCCCAGCAUAGCUUUUCCUACACUAAAAAAGCUAUUGAAAGAGCAUUCGGUCGAAAACUUUCUGAAAUUUUUGAGGAUUUUGAAGAGUUACCUAUAGCAUCUGGUAGUAUUGCUCAAGUGCAUCGGGCUUCUUUGAGGUUUCACUACCCCCACCAACAGGCCAAGCCUAUGAUAGUUGCUGUUAAGGUCCGGCACCCUGGUGUUGGUGAAUCAAUUAGGAGAGAUUUUGCAAUAAUCAAUUCGGUGGUGAAAAUAUCAAAGUUCAUACCUACUCUGAAGUGGUUGAGACUGGAUCAAAGCGUACAGCAGUUUGCAGUUUUCAUGAUGUCCCAAGUUGACCUUGCGAGGGAAGCUGCCCAUUUGAGCCGCUUUAUUUAUAAUUUCCGCAGGUGGAAGGAUGUUUCUUUUCCAAAACCUUUAUACCCGCUUGUGCACCCUGCUGUCUUGGUGGAAACCUUUGAGCAUGGGGAAAGUGUCUCACACUAUGUUGAUGAUCUCAAAGGAAAUGAUCGGAUUAAAAGUGCACUUGCUCACAUUGGAACUCAUGCGCUUUUGAAGAUGCUUCUGGUGGACAAUUUUAUUCAUGCAGACCUGCAUCCUGGAAAUAUCCUUGUUCGUGUAGCUCAGAACAAAUCUUCUCGGAAGCGGCUCUUUAAAUCAAAGCCUCAUGUCAUUUUCAUUGAUGUAGGCAUGACAGCUGAACUCUCUAAAAAUGAUCGUGUGAAUCUACUGGAAUUCUUUAAGGCUGUUGCUCGUCGGGAUGGCCGCACUGCCGCAGAGUGCACACUCAGAUUAUCAAAGCAGCAGAACUGCCCUGAUCCAGAGGCCUUCAUUGAGGAAGUGGAAACGUCAUUCAGCUUCUGGGGUACUCCUGAAGGUGAUCUGGUCCAUCCUGCAGACUGCAUGCAGCAGUUACUUGAGCAAGUUCGGCAUCAUAAAGUCAACAUUGAUGGCAAUGUCUGCACUGUUAUAGUUACAACUUUGGUUCUUGAGGGUUGGCAGCGGAAGCUUGAUCCUGGAUAUGAUGUGAUGCGUACGCUACAGACAAUGCUACUUAAAGCUGACUGGGCAAAGUCUCUUGACUACACAAUUGGAGGACUCAUGGCCCCUUAAACAGGUGGUUGCUGUUCUAUUCCUCCAAAACAAUUUUGUAGUGUUAAAACCCAAAAUAUACAUAAAUUGGAAGAAGUAACAUUAAUUGCCUUAGGUUUGCUUAUUUACUUUGUUUUUUUUUUGUAUGUGCCUCGUGUUAAAUUUUUAAUGAGAAUCAUUCUUCUGUAUUUAAUUUUGUUAUUCUUUCACGGUCAUUACUUGAGGUUCUAACUCAAAGAGGAAGGAUGGACAAAUGGACAAUGGAAGACAGAAUAAGUGUUGGAACAGUCUGUUUUCUUUUGGUUGGGUGUCGGGGGUUUUGGGGAAGAGCAAGGGAUAACUCUUUACUCUUGCUUUGCUGCUCUGUUUGAUGUUUUCCUGUUGAAAAACAUCUCAAUUGACAGACUGAAAUCAUCUGAUCAAUGUAUUAAUUUAAAUUUCAUGGCUAUGCAAAUUAUGAGUCCUGCAGAA